AUGAAGUUCUCUCUUCCAGUCCUCGCUCUUGCCACCCUUGCCGCGGCCUCGCCUUACCCCCGCCAGGAGCCCACCAUCCCCGGCCUCAGCUUCAAGAACGGUCACGCGGACCUCUUCACCGCCUCGCCGGCUCAGUGCACCCCCAAUGGUAACGCUACGGACAGGUGCUGCCCGUCGGGCCGCAACGCGUGUCCUCAGGGCUGGAGCUGUUUCCAGGCCCUCGGCAAGGAGCAGUGCUGCCCGCCUGGCUUCGAGUGCCACGCCGAUGGUACGCUGCGCCAGAAUGGCUCCGACGAUGUCGACGUCGCGAAGAACGGAUGCGAGUUCGUUUUGGUCUGCAUCACCAUCAUCUGCGGCUUCUCUCUUGUGUGCAGCUAA